CCGACAUAGAAGUAGUAGAUGGAGCAGCCCCCACUGCGCAACCCGCAGAAAAAACUGAAGCCAGUAACGAGAAAGAUGAAACAUUUGAAGGCGAAGCAACCGAAAAUGUAGCUGAAAUGGAAGCUACAACAAGCAAAACCCAUUUAAUCCAAACAAAAAGUGCGUCAACAGCUGUUGAUGAAAGCAGCUUUGAAGAUGAUGAGCUGAUGCUUAAUGACGGUUUAAUGCCGCUGCACAGUAAUACUAAAACAAAUACUUAUACACAAGUGCUCAGCAAUCACAAAAACAACAACAACAACCACAACAACAUACAACGCAAUUUACAUUCAAAUUUAAAUUCGAAUGCUCCUGCUAAUGACUACCCGCAACUCAAUGCUCAACGCAUUGCUGCUGCGGACGACAUCGAUAUCAUCAAGCUAGAGGAUACACACUCCAGCGAAGAUGAAAUCUACAAAACUAUUGAGGGUAAUACAAAUGCGCGUGAUAAGGCGCAUCACAUAUAUAGCAAACGUAAGGUAGUGGUCACAAGUCGGCCUACGCCUAAGCACCCCGCGCCAAAUGCGUUCGAAAACGAAGUACUCAAAAGCGCCGAAGACGUCGAUGCACCUACCAGUUAUGCUGAAAAACUACCACACUUUCCACUCAAAGCGCCCAUAGUGAGUGAGUAUUAUGAUCCACCAAGCAAGCAUAUACUGGUCAAUGUAACGAUAGCCACCGAGGGUGACAGCAACUCAGUGUAUACUCUGCAUGUCGCCGUGCCGUUAGGUGGUCAGUCGCAUGAUCUGCAAGAGGUACUUACUCAUGAGCGCUUGAAGAGUGACGAGCAAAAUCGCGAAGGGCAUGAACACCCAGCAGCACCUUCCCAUACUAGCAGUCCAUAUUGCAUACCCGAACCACCGCCACCAAUACCAGAAUGUCCUUGCAAAUGUAGCGAUUUUUUGACACACACAGAAGCGAGCGCUAUCGAUGAUGGUGAUCUCGCUGAAGACAUCGAUUUUAGCACGCAAGCCACACAGAAUUAUCGCACUGCCACUUCUGCCUCGACCACUACUUACGACGAUUCCAUACAUCCACCACCCUUACCAAUCACAACUGCUAUGCUAACCAAUAUUGAUAGUGCUACCGAUGAUUCUAUCAUUGCAACAACAGCUACCACUACUACCACUAUCACCACUUCAUUUACUAAUUUGCUUGGUGUUGAUGCGUCGCAUGGCGCUGGUUUUGAUGAUCAUGUUGUUGUUGGUGAUGGCAGCAAAAUUGCAUGUCCUGAUGUUAUGCCUAUUCUGAUACUUGAAGGCGCGCGUACUUUUCCAGCACGCAGUUUCCCACCAGAUGGCACUACUUUCGGGCAAAUUACUUUGGGACAAAAGUUGACUAAGGAGAUACAACCCUACAGCUAUUGGAAUAUGCAAUUCUAUCAAUCGGAACCGGCUUAUGUGAAAUUCGAUUAUACCAUACCGCGUGGCGCUUCGAUUGGUGUCUAUGGAAGGCGCAAUGCGCUGCCAACGCAUACGCAGUAUCACUUCAAAGAAGUGCUAAGUGGUUUUAGCGCAAGCACAAGGACAGCACGAGCGGCACACUUAUCGAUAACACGCGAAGUCACACGCUACAUGGAACCCGGUCAUUGGUUCGUCUCGCUAUAUAACGAUGAUGGCGAUGCCCAAGAGGUCGCCUUCUAUGCCGCCAUUGCCGAAGAUAUGACACAGAACUGCCCGAAUGGCUGCUCCGGCAAUGGGCAAUGCUUGCUCGGACAUUGUCAAUGCAAUCCCGGCUUUGGUGGCGACGACUGCAGCGAGAGCGUAUGCCCAGUGCUGUGCUCACAACAUGGCGAAUAUAUCAAUGGCGAAUGUAUUUGUAAUCCGGGUUGGAAGGGAAAAGAAUGCUCGCUGCGUCACGAUGAAUGCGAAGUGGCCGACUGCAAUGGACAUGGUCACUGCGUGAGCGGCAAGUGCCAAUGCAUGCGCGGUUAUAAGGGAAAAUUCUGUGAGGAAGUUGACUGCCCGCAUCCAAACUGCUCGGGACAUGGCUUCUGCGCUGAUGGCACUUGUAUUUGCAAGAAGGGUUGGAAGGGUCCCGACUGUGCGACUAUGGAUCAAGAUGCGCUACAAUGCCUGCCCGAUUGCUCUGGCCAUGGCACCUUCGAUUUGGACACGCAGACAUGCACCUGCGAACCGAAAUGGAGUGGCGACGAUUGCUCGAAAGAAUUGUGCGAUUUGGAUUGUGGUCAACAUGGCCGCUGCGUCGGCGAUGCCUGCACCUGCGAUCCCGAUUGGGGUGGCGAGUAUUGCAAUACGAAGCUCUGUGAUACGCGUUGCAAUGAGCAUGGGCAGUGCAAGAAUGGCACUUGCCUGUGUGUGACCGGCUGGAAUGGCAAGCACUGCACCAUCGAGGGUUGCCCGAAUGGCUGUUCGUCGCAUGGCCAGUGUCGUGUGAGCGGCGAGGGACAAUGGGAGUGUCGCUGUUACGAAGGCUGGGAUGGACCCGACUGCGGCAUAGCGCUCGAACUGAACUGUGGCGAUAGCAAGGACAAUGACAAAGAUGGUCUCGUCGACUGCGAGGAUCCCGAGUGCUGUGCCAGCCAUGUCUGUAAGACGUCGCAGCUAUGCGUAUCCGCACCGAAACCGAUCGAUGUGUUGCUAAGGAAGCAACCGCCAGCCAUUACCGCUUCUUUCUUCGAACGCAUGAAAUUCUUAAUUGAUGAGAGCAGCCUGCAGAAUUAUGCGAAACUCGAGACUUUCAAUGAAAGCAUUUUUUGGAAUUAUUUCAAUGCAAGCCGUUCGGCCGUAAUACGCGGUCGCGUUGUCACCUCACUCGGCAUGGGCUUGGUGGGUGUGCGCGUUUCCACCACAACACUCCUCGAAGGCUUCACGCUCACCCGUGAUGAUGGUUGGUUCGAUUUGAUGGUAAAUGGCGGUGGAGCUGUGACUCUCCAAUUCGGCCGCUCGCCCUUCCGUCCACAGUCGCGCAUCGUACAAGUGCCCUGGAAUGAGGUGGUCAUCAUUGAUGUGGUGGUGAUGUCCAUGUCGGAGGAGAAGAAUGUGGUGCCUAUACCACACACGUGCUUCUCACACGACUACGAUCUCAUGAAACCGGUUGUCUUGGCCUCGUGGAAGCAUGGCUUCCAAGGUGCUUGCCCGGAUCGCUCUGCCAUCUUGGCUGAAUCGCAGGUGAUACAGGAGUCGCUGCAGAUUCCCGGCACGGGCUUGAAUUUGGUGUAUCAUUCGUCGCGCGCCGCUGGCUACCUUUCGACAAUAAAGCUGCAGCUGACCCCUGAAACCAUACCUGAAACGCUUCACUUAAUUCAUCUGCGCAUAACAAUCGAGGGCAUUUUGUUCGAACGCGUUUUCGAAGCUGAUCCGGGCAUUAAAUUCACUUAUGCUUGGAAUCGCUUAAACAUCUAUAGGCAGCGUGUAUAUGGUGUGACAACGGCAGUAGUAAAAGUUGGCUAUCAAUACACCGAUUGCAAGGACAUCAUCUGGGAUAUACAAACCACCAAGUUGUCUGGUCACGACAUGUCCAUAUCCGAGGUGGGUGGUUGGAAUUUGGACAUUCAUCACCGCUACAACUUCCACGAAGGUAUCCUACAAAAGGGCGAUGGUUCUAAUAUCUACUUAAAGAACAAACCACGUGUCAUACUCACCACAAUGGGUGAUGGCCAUCAGCGGCCGCUCGAGUGCAACGAUUGCGAAGGUUUAGCUUACAAGCAACGCCUGCUGGCACCGGUCGCUUUAGCUUCCUCACCUGAUGGUAGCCUCUAUGUUGGCGACUUCAACUACAUACGCCGCAUCAUGACUGAUGGUAGCAUACGCACUGUCGUCAAGUUGAAUGCAACGCGCGUUUCCUAUCGCUAUCACAUGGCGCUUAGUCCACUCGACGGCACGCUCUACAUUUCCGACCCAGAGUCCCAUCAAAUCAUACGCGUACGCGACACCAACGACUAUUCGCAACCUGAAAAGAACUGGGAACCCAUUGUCGGCUCGGGCGAACGUUGUCUGCCGGGUGAUGAGGCGCAUUGUGGUGAUGGCGCGCUGGCUAAGGAUGCAAAGCUGGCCUAUCCCAAGGGCAUCGCCAUAUCCAGCGACAACAUACUCUACUUCGCCGAUGGCACAAACAUACGUAUGGUGGAUCGUGAUGGCAUAGUCACCACGCUGAUUGGCAAUCACAUGCACAAGUCACACUGGAAACCCAUUCCCUGCGAGGGCACACUGAAGCUGGAGGAGAUGCAUUUGCGUUGGCCCACCGAGCUGGCCGUGAGUCCAUUGGACAAUACGCUCCACAUCAUCGAUGACCACAUGAUCUUACGCAUGACUCCCGAUGGACGUGUGCGCGUCAUAUCCGGCCGGCCGCUGCACUGCGCCACUACCUCUACCGUCUACGACUCCGAUUUAGCAACACACGCCACACUCGUCAUGCCUCAGUCGAUUUCAUUCGGGCCCAUGGGCGAGCUGUAUGUGGCGGAGAGCGACUCGCAGCGUAUUAAUCGCGUGCGUGUAAUCGGUACGGAUGGGCGUAUUGCUCCGUUCGCUGGCGCUGAAUCGAAAUGCAAUUGUUUGGAACGCGGCUGCGACUGCUUCGAGGCCGAACACUUCCUUGCGACAAGCGCCAAAUUUAACACAAUCGCUGCGCUCUCAGUCACUCCCGACGGGCACGUGCACAUCGCCGAUCAAGCAAACUAUCGCAUACGCUCUGUUAUGUCCAGCAUUCCUGAGGCGAGCACGUCACGAGAGUAUGAGAUCUAUGCACCUGACAUGCAGGAAAUUUACAUCUUUAACCGCUUCGGUCAGCAUGUCUCCACGAAGAACAUUCUAACUGGUGAAACCACCUACGUCUUCACAUACAAUGUCAACACCUCCAAUGGCAAACUGAGCACUGUGACCGAUGCGGCAGGCAAUAAGGUUUUCCUUCUGCGUGACUACACCUCACAGGUGAACUCCAUCGAAAAUACCAAGGGUCAGAAAUGCCGCCUACGCAUGACACGCAUGAAGAUGCUCCACGAACUUAGCACACCAGAUAACUACAACGUGACUUUCGAGUACCACGGCCCAACUGGCUUGCUAAAAACUAAACUUGACUCCACUGGCCGCUCCUAUGUCUACAACUACGAUGAAUUUGGGCGCCUCACUUCGGCGGUCACACCCACCGGUCGCGUCAUUGACUUGGUAUUCGAUCUGAGCGUUAAAGGUGCACAAGUGAAGAUAUCCGAGAAUGCGCAAAAGGAGCAGUCGAUGCUGAUACAAGGCUCCACAGUCAUGGUGCGCAAUGGUGCUGCCGAAUCGAAGACGUCGGUUGAGAUGGAUGGCUCCAUGACAAGUCUGACGCCAUGGGGUCAUACCGUGCAGGUGGAGGUGGUGCCAUACGCCAUAUUGGCUGAAAUCAACCCAGUAAUUGGCGAGAGCUAUCCAGUUCCUGCCAAACAACGUACGGAAAUCGCUGGCGAUCUGGCUAAUCGUUUUGAGUGGCGUUACUUUGUGCGCCGUAUACAGCAAGGCAAGCAAGGCAAAGGACCGCGUCCAGUCUCACAGGUGGGACGUAAGCUACGCGUCAACGGCGACAAUGUGCUCACACUCGAAUAUGACCGCGAUACGCAGUCAGUUGUGGUGUUGGUGGAUGAUAAGCAAGAACUUUUGAACGUGACCUACGACCGUACUGCACGUCCAGUGAGCUUCCGUCCACAAUCAGGCGACUAUGCUGAUGUCGAUUUAGAGUAUGACCGCUUUGGUCGAUUGGUUAGCUGGAAGUGGGGUGUGCUGCAGGAAGCAUACACCUUUGAUCGUAACGGACGGCUGAAUGAAAUCAAGUACGGCGAUGGUUCGUCUAUGGUUUAUGCCUUCAAAGACAUGUUCGGUUCGCUGCCAUUGAAGGUGACCACACCACGGCGCUCGGACUAUCUACUACAGUACGACGACGCUGGUGCACUGCAAAGCUUGACCACGCCACGAGGCCACAUACAUGCAUUCUCCCUGCAGACGUCACUCGGCUUUUUCAAGUAUCAAUACUUCUCGCCGAUCAAUCGCCAUCCCUUCGAAAUACUUUACAACGAUGAGGGGCAAAUUCUGGCGAAGAUACAUCCACAUCAAUCUGGUAAAGUGGCGUUUGUUCACGACUCCGCUGGCCGUUUGGAAACUAUUUUAGCUGGGCUUUCGAGCACGCAUUACACCUAUCAAGACACCACAAGCCUUAUUAAAUCGGUUGAGGUGCAAGAGCCCGGAUUUGAGCUGCGCCGCGAAUUCAAAUAUCACGCUGGCAUUCUGAAGGAUGAAAAGGUACGUUUCGGCUCGAAGAACUCACUAGCCUCUGCACAUUACAAGUACUCGUAUGAUGGUAAUGCGCGCAUGAGUGGCAUUGAGAUGUCCAUUGACGACAAGGAGGUGCCCACAGCGCGCUAUAAGUACAGCCAGAACUUGGGUCAGUUGGAAGUGGUGCAGGAUCUGAAGAUAACACGCAAUGCCUUCAAUCGCACCGUCAUCCAAGACUCCGCAAAGCAAUUUUUCACCAUCAUCGAUUACGAUCAACAUGGCCGCGCUAAGAGUGUGCUCAUGAACAUUAAGAGCUUCGAUGUCUUCCGUCUCGAGUUGGACUACGAUCUACGCAAUCGCAUCAAAUCACAAAAGACGACCUUGGGCCGAUCCACGUCUUUCGACAAAAUCAAUUACAACGCUGAUGGGCACGUAAUUGAAGUACUCGGCACCAACAACUGGAAGUACUUGUACGAUGAGAACGGCAACACUGUAGGCAUAGUGGAUCAAGGCGAGAAAAUCAAUCUCGGCUACGACAUUGGUGACCGCGUUAUACAAGUCGGUGAAAUCGAGUUUAAUAACUACGAUGCGCGUGGCUUUGUAGUGCGUCGUGGUGAACAGAAAUACCGUUACAAUAACCGCGGUCAGCUGAUACAUGCCUUUGAAAGAGAUCGCUUCCAAUCGUGGUACUAUUAUGACGACCGCAGUCGCUUGAUCGCUUGGCACGACAGCAAAGGCAACGUAACACAAUACUACUAUGCCAAUCCGAAGACACCAAAGCUCCUGACGCAUGUACACUUCCCCAAAGUCGGUAAGACUUUACGCUUCUUCUACGAUGACCGCGAUAUGUUAAUUGUAGUCGAGAACGGCGAUCAGCGCUACUACGUGGCCACCGAUCAAAAUGGCUCACCACUAGCAUUCUUCGACCCAAAUGGCAGCAUCAUAAAAGAUGUGAGACGCACGCCAUUUGGACGCAUCAUCAAGGAUACGAAUCCAGACUUGUUCAUACCCAUUGACUUCCAUGGUGGUCUGCUGGAUCCCAACACAAAACUGGUAUACACCGAGGGACGUCACUAUGAUCCCACAGUUGGUCAGUGGAUGACACCCAAGUGGGAGACACUGGCCACUAAGAUGUCCAACCCAACCGAUGUCUUCAUUUACCGCUACCACAACAACGACCCCGUAAACCCCAACAAGCCGCAGAACUACAUGAUCGACUUGGAGUCGUGGCUGCAACUCUUCGGCUAUGACUUGCGCAACAUGCAGAGCUCCAAGUAUACAAAAGAAGCGCAAUAUGUGCCACAAGUAUCCAUAAAAUCCAACACCCUAGCGCCCGAGUUCGGCGUCAUUUCCGGCCUUGAAUGCAUAGUGGAGAAAACCAACGAAAAGUUCAGCGACUUUGAUUUCGUGCCGAAGCCGCUGCUGAAGAUGGAACCGAAAAUGCGCAAUCUGCUGCCACGCAUCAGCUACCGCCGUGGCGUGUUCGGUGAGGGUGUGCUGCUCUCGCGCAUAGGCGGACGCGCACUUGUCAGCGUUGUCGAUGGUUCGAACAGCGUGGUGCAAGAUGUGGUCUCAUCCGUCUUCAACAAUUCCUACUUCCUUGACCUGCACUUCAGUAUACACGAUCAAGAUGUAUUCUACUUUGUCAAGGACAAUGUUCUCAAAUUGCGCGACGACAACGAAGAACUGCGCCGGCUCGGUGGCAUGUUCAACAUAUCAACACACGAGGUGACCGAUCAUGGUGGCGCUGCAGCAAAGGAAUUGCGGCUGCAUGGGCCCGAUGCGGUGGUGAUUAUCAAGUAUGGUGUCGAUCCAGAUCAGGAGCGACAUCGCAUACUCAAGCACGCGCACAAGCGCGCAGUCGAACGGGCGUGGGAGCUAGAGAAACAGCUGGUUGCUGCCGGUUUCCAGGGACGUGGCGACUGGACCGAAGAGGAGAAAGAAGAGCUGGUGUCGCACGGUGAUGUCGAUGGCUGGAUUGGCAUCGACAUACACAGCAUACAUAAGUACCCACAACUAGCCGACGAUCCAGGCAAUGUGGCGUUCCAGCGCGAUGCAAAACGCAAGCGAAGAAAGAUCGGCAAUGGACAUCGUACGGCGAAAGCGCGUCACCAACAAUUACGUGUAAUGGAUUUGAGUGCGUGAGUACGCGAUACGAGUGACAAC